CAUAAAUGUCAUACAUAGGAACAUUCUAUGUAAGACUUCUGGUAAUGGGAAAAUGUUGAUCACAGGAAACAGAGUCAUCUCCAACAACAUUUUUUCUUCUCUGGUUGUGAACAAAAAUGGCAGAAAAUUUGGAACCACGACACUGGCUCAAAAGAGAGACUUUUCUGAAAGCCAACAACAACCACCCAUUUUCCCACUGAGAGUUUCAAACACAAUCCUUGCAAGGUCUGCUGUUGCUGUGUUUGCCUUGGGGUUCAUCGAUGCCGGUGGAGAUUGGACAAGGAUAGGAGUCAUCUCAAAAGAGAGUGAGGAUUUGCUAAAAGUUGCAGCUUUUGUAGUAGUUCCUUUGUGCGUCUUCCUCAUAUUUUCUUUCUCCAGAAAAGCUGAGGAUGAAAGUCUGAAUUAGAUUUUUAUUUUUCAUACCCUUUUGGGAGUUAAUAUUUGUGCUCUAUUUUAUUAGAGUUCUUUCAACUUUAUCUCCACCCAGCAUCGUUCUUACAGUUCACAAAAAUGCCUUGUGCUUGUGCUUCACAUAAUUUUAGUCUGUGUUUGUGUGUGUAAGAGAGAGAGAGAGGGUGUCGGGCUAACUUAUGUACACCUCAAUUAAUCUUUUUUCCGGUUC